AUGGCGUUCAGCAAGGGGUUCCGGGUCUACCACAAGCUGGACCCCCUGCCCUUCAGCCUCAUGGUGGAGACCCGGCACCGGGAGGAGUGCCUGCUGUUCGAGUCCGGGGCGGUGGCCGUGCUCUCUUCUGCAGAAAAGGAGGCAAUCAAGGGUACAUACUCCAAAGUGCUGGAUGCGUAUGGACUCCUCGGUGUCUUACGACUCAAUCUGGGCGACACCAUGCUGCACUACCUGGUCCUCGUCACCGGAUGCAUGUCUGUGGGGAAAAUUCAGGAAUCUGAAGUGUUCCGAGUGACUUCCACGGAAUUCAUAUCCCUGCGAGCCGACUCCGAGGAGGACCGCGUUUCAGAAGUGCGCAAGGUGCUGAACUCGGGGAACUUCUACUUCGCGUGGUCUGCCUCGGGGGCCAGCCUGGACCUGAGUCUGAGCGCCCAUCGCAGCAUGCAGGAGCACACGACCGAUAAGAGGUUCUUCUGGAACCAGUCCCUGCACCUGCACCUGCAGCACUACGGCGUGAGCUGCGACGACUGGCUGCUGCGCCUCAUGUGCGGCGGCGUCGAGGUCAGGACCAUCUACGCGGCCCACAAGCAGGCCAAGGCCUGCCUCAUCUCCCGGCUGAGCUGCGAGCGCGCCGGGACCCGGUUCAACGUCCGGGGCACCAACGACGACGGCCACGUCGCCAACUUUGUGGAAACAGAGCAGGCCGUGUACCUGGAUGACUCUGUUUCCUCCUUCAUCCAGAUCCGGGGCUCGGUUCCGUUGUUCUGGGAGCAGCCAGGCUUGCAGGUGGGCUCGCACCGGGUCCGGAUGUCCAGGGGCUUUGAGGCCAACGCGCCCGCCUUUGACAGGCAUUUUAGAACACUGAAGACGCUGUAUGGUAAACAAAUAGUAAUAAACUUGCUUGGCUCCAAGGAAGGGGAGCAUAUGCUGAGCAAGGCCUUCCAGAGCCACCUGAAGGCUUCGGAGCAUGCCGCCGACGUGCAGAUGGUAAGCUUCGACUACCACCAGAUGGUGAAGGGCGGCAAGGCUGAGAAGCUGCACAGCGUCCUCAGGCCUCAGGUCCAGAAGUUCCUUGAUUAUGGCUUCUUCCAUUUUGAUGGAAACGACGUUCGAAGGUGCCAGAGUGGGACUGUCCGCACCAACUGCUUGGACUGCCUGGACCGGACCAACAGCGUGCAGGCCUUCCUGGGCCUGGAGAUGCUGGCCAAGCAGCUGGAAGCCCUCGGCUUGGCUGAGAAGCCCCAGCUGGUGACGCGCUUUCAGGAGGUUUUCCGCUCCAUGUGGUCGGUGAACGGUGACUCCAUCAGUAAGAUCUACGCCGGGACCGGGGCUCUGGAAGGCAAGGCCAAGGCUGGGAAGUUAAAAGAUGGUGCUCGCUCUGUCACUAGAACGAUUCAGAAUAACUUCUUUGACAGCUCCAAGCAAGAGGCCAUUGACGUUUUGCUCCUGGGAAACACUCUAAAUAGUGACUUAGCUGACAAAGCGCGAGCACUUUUAACCACUGGAAGUUUGCGUGCCUCUUCCAAAGUCCUGAAGAGCAUGUGCGAGAAUUUCUACAAGUACUCCAGGCCCAAGAAGAUCCGCGUGUGCGUGGGCACCUGGAACGUGAACGGCGGGAAGCAGUUCCGCAGCAUAGCGUUCAAGAACCAGACGCUCACCGACUGGCUGCUCGACGCGCCCAAGCUGGCGGGCAUCCAGGAGUUUCAAGAGAGAAGAAGUAAGCCGACAGACAUAUUUGCGAUUGGGUUUGAGGAGAUGGUGGAGCUGAAUGCAGGGAACAUCGUGAAUGCAAGCACCACGAACCAGAAGCUGUGGGCCGCGGAGCUGCAGAAGACCAUCUCCCGGGACAACAAGUACGUGCUGCUGGCCUCCGAGCAGCUGGUGGGCGUCUGCCUGUUCGUCUUCAUCCGCCCGCAGCACGCGCCCUUCAUCAGGGAUGUCGCUGUGGACACGGUGAAGACGGGAAUGGGCGGCGCCACGGGCAACAAGGGAGCGGUGGCCAUCCGCAUGCUGUUCCACACGACCAGCCUCUGCUUCGUGUGCAGCCACUUCGCGGCCGGGCAGUCCCAGGUCAAAGAGCGGAACGAGGACUACGUGGAGAUCGUGCGCAAGCUGAGCUUCCCCAUGGGAAGGAUGCUCUUUUCCCACGACUACGUGUUCUGGUGCGGCGACUUCAACUACCGCAUCGACCUCCCGAAUGAGGAGGUGAAGGAGCUCAUCAGGCAGCAGAACUGGGACGCCCUCAUCGCUGGGGACCAGCUGAUCAGCCAGAAGAACGCCGGGCAGAUUUUUAGAGGAUUUUUAGAAGGAAAAGUAACCUUUGCUCCGACAUAUAAAUAUGAUUUGUUUUCUGAAGACUAUGACACCAGCGAAAAGUGCCGCACCCCCGCGUGGACCGACCGCGUCCUCUGGAGGAGGAGGAAGUGGCCUUUUGAUCGAUCAGCCGAGGACCUGGAUCUGAUCAACGCCAGCUUCCAGGACGGAAGCCAAAUCCUCUACACGUGGACCCCGGGCACGCUGCUGCACUACGGGCGGGCCGAGCUGAAGACCUCCGACCACAGGCCCGUGGUCGCCCUCAUCGACAUCGACAUCUUCGAGGUGGAGGCCGAGGAGAGGCAGAGCGUCUACAGGGAGGUCCUGGCCGAGCAGGGCCCGCCCGACGCCACGGUGCUGGUCUCCGUCCGGAGCUCGGGGCCAGAGAGCAGCUUCUUCGAUGACGCUCUGAUCGACGAGCUUCUGCAGCAGUUUGCGAAUUUUGGUGAAGUAAUUCUCAUAAGGUUUGUAGAAGAUAAAAUGUGGGUGACGUUUCUGGAGGGAAGUUCGGCCUUGAGUGUGCUGGGCCUCAGCGGUAAAGAGUUCCUGGGCCGGGCUGUGACCAUCACUUUGAAAAGCCCCGACUGGACCAAGAAUCUGGAGGAAGAAAUCAGCUUAGAGAAGAUAAGCGUGCCCUUGCCUUCGUCCACGAGCUCCACGCUGCUGGGCGAGGACGUGGAGGUGGCGGCGGACUUCGACCUGGAAGGGGACGUGGAUGAGGACAACGCCGAGGUGGAGGAGGCGCUCCCCCAGCACCUGCAGCCGUCCCCCGGCUCCGGCCUCUGCGCGUCCCCCAGCUCCUCCCCGCGGACCAGCCCCUGCCAGUCGCCCACCAUAGCGGACGUCCCGCUGCCCUCCCUGCCCGUCAGGCCGAGCCGGACCGCAUCCAGGACUCCGGAUCACAGAGUGCCCUUACAGAGUGCUGCUCCAGGCUCUCCCGUGGACACCCCGCCAGCUGCGCAGCCCGAGAAGGACGCUCCGCAGGCCCUGGAGCCCAAGCGGCCGCCGCCUCCCCGCCCAGGGGCCCCUCCCGCACGGCCAGUGCCCCCGCAGCGACCACCUCCGCCUUCAGAUGCGCGUGGGAUGCCUGUGCCCAGCCGCAGCCAGCCUUCCCCUCCAGCGGGACUCAUGGGGCCAGCACCCGCUGGACACGGUGCCACCAGACCGAUCAUCCCGCCCCGCGCCGGGGUCAUCAGCGCCCCGCAGAGCCUGGCCCGGGCGUCCGCCGCGUCCGCCGGGAGGCUGGCUGCCGAGAGCCAGGGCGGAGCCUCCGAGGUCCCCAGAGGUUCACCUCUUCUUCCUGAGCCCCUGAAGCCGCAGGCCACCCCGCCGGCUCCCAAGAUGCAGGAGCCCCUGGUCCCGACAGCAGCCCCGCCGCCUCAGGCCGCCCCCCAGCCGGGCCUGGAGACGCCCCCGCAGCCCCCGCCGCGGAGCAGGUCCUCCCACAGCCUGCCCUCGGAGCCCCCGGCGCAGCCGCAGGUGAACCCCAACGGCGUCCCCCCUACCAGGCUGGAAUCGCCCUCGAAGAUCGACCCGUUUAAAGACCUGUCACUUAGUCUGCUUGCCCUGCCACAGGCCCAGCCGCCCGUGCACCCCACCCCUGUCCCCACGGGGGUGGUCCCCCUGCCUCCUGCCAUCCACAAUAACAUCAGCAUUUCGAGUUCCGUGAGCUGCAUGCCGGCGCUGCCUCCACUUCCCGCGCGGAGCAGAUCCCAGGAGAACCCGGGAGGCGCUCUGAACCCGUUCGCCCCGGCCUUCCCCGGCACAGACCUCUCCGCCGACAGGACCAACCCGUUCAGAGGUCCAUCCAGGGACGCAGAGGCGGCCGUGCGGCCCUUGGAGCCUGUCCCCCACGCUCCCUUCCCCGCUCCCGGGCCUCAGGGCCAGAGCAGCGGCCCGCCUCCUCCCCAGCCCCACGGCUUCCAGGACAGCGCGCGCCCCAGCCCCCCGCGGGGGUGGGUGACCUUCGAGGAAGAGGACUUCGGGGUGAGAGCCAAGGCGAAGGCAGCUGGUCCGGACCCCCUGGGCCCUUGGCCAGGCCCGUCCUCCGGGCCGGGCGUGGCCUUUGGCGAUGACUGGGGGACAGGGGCAGGUGUCCCCCUCUGCGCGCUGCCCUCGCGGAGGCCGCCCCCGCCUCCCAGCUCCGCGCUCCCCACUGGCCCUGCCCCCCCAGCCGACCCUUUCUCCACACUGGCCCCGGUGGCUCCCGCUCCAGACUUCACAGAAAGAUAG